AUGCCGCCGCAGCUAGAGCUUUUACCAAUCGAUCUGAAAAAAAAAAUCUCGCGACCGGUUGUCCCGAGAAAAAUCAUCCCCAAUCAUCGAUUCCCCCGAACCCUGCGCCAGAAACAACCCCCAACCAAAAUCCGAAAUCCAAAAUCGACAAAAAUGUGACAAUUCCAAUAAAAAAAAAAAAUGUGGAGAUCUUGGAGAUCAUGAUAGCCAAAUAUUGACAUCCAGUGAUAAUAAUCCGUCAAUUAUUCGAGUCAGACGUGCAUUUGUUGGUGAUCAUGACGUAAUCACGUCUGAUUCAUUUGGAUUUGGAAAUCGUGUGAUCAUUUUUAUUUAUUUAUUUAUUUUUUUUCAUUAGCUCUGGGGUUUGGUGAUGUGUUUGGUGAAGAUUAGGAGAUAGUGGAGGGCCUGAGGGUUCUGAGGCCAAGAGACUGUUCGAGGGAACGAUGCGGGGGCACAAGAAGAGGGCAACUCUGCCCAAUUGUUGCUCAUUGUUAUAGGGGUAUCUCUCAUGUAUUUACAUUUACGAUUUGAUUACUGGAAGGAGCACUCAGGAGAAAAAAAAAUAAAAAACCCAAACUGACUUCUAAUAUCUCCAGCAUAACCAUCACUGCCCCUCUUCAGCAACAUGGCGGAAGAAAAGGAAGAGACAUUCGCCGAGAAAAUGCUGUUUUACACAACCGCGUUCUUCAUCCUCCUUGGCACCUUCAGCCUCUUCGCCUUCCUCUUCUUGGUCCCCUUCGUUAUCGAUCCCGCAUUCACAACAAUUUCCAUGGAUUUUGACGAAAGACCUGCGGAAUGCGUCACCAUUGACGUCGAAUCAAGAAGAGGUGCGAGCAAUUGCUCAUGGACCUCGUGUAGAGAGGGUUGUACCAAGGAACUGUAUGACUGUACGCAAAUCCGCGUUAAUUACAAGUUACCUGUUAAUGUAACUGACGAAGAGAGGAUUGGUGGAGAUGAGGGCAGGGCGGGAGGAGGUGUCGAGGGUGACGAGGCCCGUUUGAAGAUGAGAUAUCAGCGUUCACCGAGGGAUUACAAUUACAUCGAGGAGCUUGAUGAAUUCGAUGAUGACGAUGAUCCCAGCCUGCCAAAACCACUUCCAACAGGUCUCAUGGGGAAUGACUCCGAGUGGUAUUUCACUGGUGCUAAGCUGUUCCCCAAUAUCAAAGGGUGUGGAUAUCCACCCAUUCUCAACUGCAGUAUUUUCUACAGGCAGUACUCGAAUAUUGGGCAUAAUUUUAGUUGCUACUACUCCAGGGUCGAUCCAGGAAUUGUCAUCAGUGAUCUGGACAUGUGGCAGGUCUACAUGAACCUCGUGUACGCAAUGGCGAUACCGAUUCCAUCGUUUAUUAUUUCGGUGAUAUACCUCACGGUUGCCUACUUCAAAAUUUACAACGAAGAGGAGGAAGCCCUCGUGGAGAAAGAUGGCGAUGAAGAAGGUGAAGAUGGUGAUGGUAGCAAUGCAACACCAUUACCACCAACUAGUGGAGCUAUUACACCAGGUAGUGAAGCAUUCCGAGAGGAUCUAGCCAGUUUUGGGCAUCAGCUGAAGGUUGCCAUGGCUGAUGAAGUCAGCAGAGAAAGCCUCGAUGGAAUUCCCAAUUCUAUUUCAGCACAGGGAAACUUGAGCAAGACGAUGACGACGAGUAUCUUGACUCCCCCUGGGCCGACGGCGGCAGUUUGAAACGACAUUUCCAGGGGCUGAAGAAUAUAUCCUGGAAGCCCCGCUAGAUCAUCACAUUGUCAGCAAAAAAUUUUUACAUCAGGUCACCGAUUCUAACCGUCAGGGUGAACCAGAAAAUGGCUCGACAAAAAAAAUGCUCAAUACAUUUUCUUCUUCAAUUCUUUUGCUCCUAAUUGAAGAAAAAAAAAAACAUCUGGUUCACUCCCGUGAAAUGAAUCUAAUAGCAAUAGAUGAAAAGAAAGAUAAUGGAAAAGAGAAUAGACUCGCCCUGUGGGAGCCACAAAGUAGGAUAAAUGUUAAUAAAAAUUUCUAAUUAUUAAUGAGAUCGACUAAACGAAUCGAGGUGAGAUAUUUAUUAAUUAUAAUGGAGAGGAUUAUAGAAAUUAUUCGCUUAUUGUGUUAUAUCAUGACGCAUUUACACGAUUGCAUUUUAGUAUUCGCCGUAAUACACUUUUCACCCGUCCUUGCGUUAUCAGAACACAAAAAUUGAAAUUUUCAAACAAGAUAAGACUUUGAGAUACUUCUAAAUCGAUGUGAACGCAGAAAGUUGCAUUUUUUGGUUAAAAUUUGAUAUAAUGAUGAAAUUUUAAAUCGAGUUGGCAUUAAUUAUUAUUCUGCAAAUAUCAGUGGACUGGAGGAGUUUAGAGGAAAAUUUUCUGGGUUAAUGAAUUUUUUCUCGUUGCGAUUGUCCUUUUUAUACUCCUUCUUUUUUUCUGGAGAUAUUAGCAGAAUAAUGAUGAUAUGAAUUUAUCUGUUAUCAGUCCGCAACAGAUCUCGAGUGCAAUUCUGCCAGAUAAUAUCGCCAAUGCUAGUUUAUUCUCUAUCGCCGUCCAAUCGCCGACCAGUUGCUGAUUCAUUAAUUUGUCAUGAUUCAUUUGCCAAAAGCUAUUGAUAAAUCAGAGUUUUACCUGAAUUAAAUUCAAAUCUCUGGUCUAACUAUUUUUGAAUCCCGCCAUUGGCUUCAGACUCAUGACUCAGAAAUCCCUGAAUUAUAAAAAGAAAAAAAUUCCUCGCAAUACUGAUAGAAACACCUGAAAUCCGUGGAAUAUGUUCUCCCAUAAAAGAAAAAAAAACCUCGACGCAAGAUAAAGCAUAUAAAAAAAUUGAUUGAAUUGUUUUUAUGAAUUAAGAACAAGGUGUCUGUGAUCUACAAUAAUUGAACAAAAAAAAGAAUAUGUAAAAAAAUAUUGACAAGUAAAAACAUAUAUUAUAAUAAUUGAUAAUGUAAAUUAAUUGAAGUUUGAAGUCCGACGUAAAAUAGUCUAUUGAAGUGGAGUCAUUCAUCUUGAGUCAGCAUGACGAUUUUUAUGCUGAUUAAACAAAGAUAAUUAAAAAAAAAUCUCAUGACAAAGUUAUAGAGGAUUGAAUCAAAUGUCUCGUUUAACCGAAAUAAAGGAGAAUUUUGUGAGAAUUUUGAAGAGAAAUUGCUAAGAAAUAAUUCAGGAGUUAAACCGUAAAACGGAGAGGUGAAAUAAAAAGUUUUUAUUGAAUGGGAAAAUUAUCUCGAGUACGAGUGAAUUCAAGAGAAAAUGAUAAAAAACAGCAGAAACUUUUUGCAAUUUUUUUUUUCGCGGAAAUCUGUCGGCCUCUGGAUAAUUUCAGUCGAAAAAUUUAUGAUUCAUCCGCGGCAGAUGCAAUUGCUGUCGAUAAACAAAUAAAUGAAUAAAUAAACAUCUUUUCACUGCUGCUAGUCUGUGCUGCAUUGCAAAGUGAAAGGGCGAGUGCUCGUUGCGCUGAAUCAAUUGCUAAAAUGAAAUCCAUAAAAGUUGCACUUUUCCAUCACAAAAUGGUCGAAUUUUAGGGAAUAAUUGAAUUAGUAGAAAUGAAAAAGAAAAAAAAAACACCAAUAAAUCAUUCCUUCCACCCGCUCCGGCCGUGUAAUUAAUUAUUCAUUUUGUUUCGACUGCGUUUCAUGUCAAAUUUGAAAAUGUAAUAUUCAUUACUUCGAUUUCGUUUGAUUUAAUCGGAUAAAUGAAUUGAUGAGUCGAUUCACAGAUAAAUAUUAUAAUGACGUAAUUUUUUUUACAAGACUUUAAUAAAACGCACCUAACAGCAAAUAAACAUAAACAAAAUGCCACCGCCACUGAGAAAAAUGAAAAAAAUAUAUGAAAUAAUUUUUGUACAGUUUUGGCACAUGCGACACGUGUAACUUCAUAUUUAUGUACAACACUCAUGAAUUUAAUUAAUUUAUUAAUUGUACAUGAUUUUUUACUGUUAAUUAUCAACGAAUAAUUGGAGUAUUUUUUUUUCAAGUGGAAAAACAUGUCGACGGCUUUUUUCUGCGAUUCAAUAAUAAAGUGUUGUCAAGCUUUUUA